AAAUUAGCUACCUUGUCAGUGAUUUAUGUUGGAAGAUAAUAGUACGUGAAAUAUAUCUGAUUAGUUAACACCAUUUCGUUAGUGGUUUAAGACUUUAGCUAAUAAUCUGCUUUUUACAUGUUGUAAGAAGGGACUAUUGUGUCUUAUCUUGUGAAGUGAUUUGUUUAAUACCAUGAAUGGUUGAUGGUUUAAGAGUUUAGCUAAUGAUCUGCUCUCUGCUGUUUAUAUGUUGUUGGAAGAGACUGCUACCUCUGUCUUGUUUAGUUUGUAGAUACUUUCUCUAUUGUUAGUAUGACCGUUGGCGAUGGUCAAUCUUUUAAAGCCUGGUCAGAACCGUGGCUGAGUGCUACCUCUCAAGAACAACCUACGGGACCAGCAUCCAAAUCCGGCAGUUCUUUAAUGGUUGCUGAUCUACUUCAGCCAAGCGAGGAGACUGGAACAGAGCCGUAGCGCACCAACGGUUUCCACUUGAAGAGUCAAAGAUCUUAACUUCUUAAGCAUAAAAACCAAGCAAAAACCGAAAGACCAUGGAGAGUUCGUUAGUAUGUAGACAACAGAGCGAGAAUAAGACACAUAGAAACAGUUAUUUGUAUAUAUAUUUAGUUGAAGGUUUAUAGAUUCAACUAAAAACAUAAAUAUUUAGUUGAAGGUUUUUUAUCUGAUUUAAAAAUAGUUGUAGGUUUAAAUCACUAAAACUGCUAAAUAUAAUUGAAACAGUUAUUGUAGAAUUAUAGAAUUAUUAACAUUCGAACUUUUCGAAUGACAAUGUAUUUGAUACGUCAUUACAUGCAAUGACCACAUGUUCGGUCUUUGACCAGAUCUUAAUUCUUUCUACUGUUCUGUUGUAUGAUUCUUUAAAAAAAUUAAAAACAUCUUACUUAACCAAGAUCAACUACUCAGAUCUUCUGCCACUUUAAAAUAUUAAGAUCUCACAUAACUAAUCAAGUGCGUCCCCACUUUUGUGGUUUCACCACUUACUGCGACGAUUGCGAGAUUGGUCCGACCCGUUUUUACCGACCAACCAAAACAGUUUUUUUUUCCUGGUUAAAGCCCCCAACUAUGCCAUCGCGCGAUCGCCUAAAUAUCGUAUAUCUUUUGUGAGUUGCGACAAUAAUAAUCACACGCUUAAAGAAUGCAUAUCCGAUCUCGGAUUCAAGUCUGGAUAAACGUAAUAGUACGUAUAAUUGAUAAAAUAUCAAAAAUAUGUGUGACUCCAUAACAGGACGAAAACAACACAUAUCGUUGCUACCUGCUACACCUACAAGCACUCAAGCAGACACGAAUCAUGGUUUCCCAUUUAAUAAGUCUCGAACCUUCAUUAUAUUUCACAUGACACUUUCAACCUCUCAAACCAUUUGUUAAGAUAUUUGUUUAUUGCCUAAAUAAAUCUUCCGCUACUACAUUUUUAAUAUCAAUAGUAACAAAAAUUUAAUGAAAAGAGAACAACCGUUACGAUUUAUCAUUUAUGGCUAGAUUUGAGACGGUGAAAUUUUAUGACCAUAUUCAUAUAUAUGUUGUGCAUCUUCAUUAGAAUAUAAAUAAACUAGCCACGCCGACCAAAGUCGUUCGCAUGUCGAAAGAGACACGGGGACCCAACUCAUGCUUCGACGCGCCUUGGACUCGUCUUAAAGCCAGCCGUUUCUUCUUACCGUGAAUACUUGAUUCUUCUAUCAUCCACCCUUUUUCUUCAGCUGAUCUUUAUUUAUCUUUCAACACGUUCAAAUUCUUUUUACCAAAUAACAAAUUAAUGUUUUUUUUCUCUUCUAAUUUCAGAAAUUCAUAUAUCGAUUCUAUUAUUUACAAACGAAAAAAAUACAGAAUUGGUUUUUGAACAGAAUUACAGAAUUUUAUAACACUAAAGGUUUAAAACUUUUGAUUCUCUCUAUAUAUUUAUACCUAUAAGAAAAUAUAAAAAGUAAUAUAUGUACAUAUGAAAUACAUUUUAUUUCCCCUUUAAAUUACAAUAUUUGGUUUCUAACACAAGUCACAAGUGUAGAUGAGAAAGAAAAAAAUCUUACAACCCGAAAUUAAACAUCUUUUGUCAACAAGUAAAAUUAUCUCUUUCAAGAAAUAAGGUGAAAUUAAAAUCUUUAUAACCUAAACUAUCUGCAUGUGAACGUGGUGAGAUUUGGCGGCAAGACAACCGACUUUCCGCGCGAACCGGAAUCAUCAACGGCUGUUUGUUGUGUUACGUGAUUCCCGAGUCCUAUCGGCGUUAAUUGCCAUAUGUUUACAUUUACCGUUGACAAAGGCAAGUAAAAAAAUCUAUAACUCUCACAUGCCACGUAGGUUCCCGAUAGACCAACUAGCUCAAAGUGUUCCCUCCCUUGGUGUCAAGGCCCACUGUAUUUUUUUCUCAUUUACUAAUUUUGUGAAAUUAAAAAAAAAAAAGUCAAAAGUAAAAAAGAAGGAAAGGUAGGUAAGAAUCCAGAUGGGAGGACAGGAGACAGAAAGGAACUAAUAGUAAGAGUUGAAAAUUCUAAUGGUUUAGAUUUUAUUUCUGUAUGGGAGCCCCUAGGCCCUAGAGGAUUCCAAUACAGAAGAACAGGUCAGUGUGUGUUUUAUUUUUUCUUUAAGAGGCGGUCCUAACGCCUCGUUGAUAUUUUAUUAAUAUUACCAUUAAUUUCUUAUCCUAAUAAAUUCUAAAGACAGACUUGGAAGUAAACUCUCCCCCAUCAGAGGAGAGAGGAAAAGAGACAGAGUGGUUUUAGAGAGAGAGAGAGCGACUCUGUAGAAACACAUGAAUUGUGUUCGUUGCGCUUUGUUGUUAUGAUAGCUUUCUCUUAGCAUCUGAAGAAGAUGAAUAAAGAUUAAAAGGGUCUUUCUUGAAAUAUAGUUUUAAGCAUUUAUUCUCUGAAACAAGAAGCAACAAGAAGAAGAAUCGAAGAAAAAAAAGAUGGAUUUAUCUGAUUGCUCUAAUGAAUAUGAGAAGCUUGUUGUACGGAUGAACAUGCCCAGGGUCGUAAUUGACAAUGGAGUUUGCCCUAAUUCAACUGUCGUCAAGAUCGAUAGUGCAAGAAGCCCAUGGAUCCUGCUCGAAUCUGUACAGCUUCUCACCGAUAUGAAUCUUUGGAUAAGGAAAGCUUACAUUUCCUCUGACGGAAAAUGGAAUAUGGAUGUUUUUCAUGUGAGCGAUCUUAAUGGCAACAAAUUAACCGACGAGAACCUAAUCCGUUACAUAGAAAAGUCGAUCGAGACGUCUCAUUACACUAAAAGCGAAGGUUAUACCGGUUUAACCGCUCUAGAGCUAACCGGAACCGACAGAGUUGGUUUACUCUCAGAGGUUUUCGCGGUUUUAGCUGAUCUUUCAUGUGAUGUUGUUGAAGCUAAGGCAUGGACGCAUAACGGGAGGAUCGCGUUGAUGAUCUAUGUUAAAGACCGUAACUCCGGUACUUCUUUAGACGGAGAUUCCGACCGUGUCCAACGUAUAGAAGGGAAACUACGUAACUUACUAAAAGCAGACGAUGGUUACAAAAACGACACGAGGACAUGCGUAUCAUAUGGUGGAAAUAACCAUAUGGAGAGGAGGUUGCAUCAGAGGAUGUUUAUGGACCGUGACUACGAGAAGAAGUUCGACUACGAGACAUCUCCGAUCGUUUCGGUACAAAAUCUUCCGAAACGUGGUUACUCUGUCGUGAAUUUGCAGUGCAAAGAUCGCCUGAAGCUUUUGUUCGAUGUUGUUUGCACGUUGACGGAUAUGGCCUACAUUGUGUUCCAUGCGGCGAUUAGAACGGUUGGAGAAACAGCAUUUUUGGAAUUUUAUGUAAGACAUAGUGAUGGAAAUCCGGUUAAUUCAGAACCGGAGAGACAACGUUUGAUCCAAUGUUUACAAGCCGCAAUUGAAAGAAGGACGGUUAAGGGUGUAAGAUUGGAGUUAUGCACGGUGGAUAGACCAGGAUUGUUAGCUGAAGUAACACGAAUAUUGAGGGAGAAUGGAUCAAACAUUGCUAGAGCCGAGAUAUCGACUAAAGACGGUAUAGCCAAGAAUGUGUUCUAUGUCACAGAUGCAAACGGCAACCUUAUUGAUCCCGAGGUAAUCGAAUCCAUUAGAGAGAAGAUUGGAAUCAAUGAUCUAAGUGUUAAAGAACAAUUCCCGAUUAGUUGCCGAGAGAAAGUUGAGAAGAAACAACAACAAGAACCGCAAAAUCACCAAGGACACAAUGGAGGAGGGACGGUGUUGGUUUCACUUGGGAGCCUGGUGAUGAGAAAUCUAUACCAAUUGGGUUUGAUCAAAUCAUAUUUUUAGGAAAACUAAACCGGGUUACUAACCUGUCCAUAUAUACCAAUUCAAUAGUGUUUGUUAUUUACCCACGCGGUUGAAUUGGUGUAUUUGGACCAGAUAGUGAAAUGGUAUUGUAUUUAGUUUGGGGUGGGUGGCAAGGCAAGUUUGGUAUUGUUGAUGUACGUAAUGAAGGUGGGAAGUUAGUUACAAGUUUGGUGGUCGGUCUUCAUGUUGGACCAAUAGGUAGUAGAAGGAUAUUAGUAGAUUGUUAGGUCUUCGUACAUUUAUUCUUUUUAUAUGUACAUAUAAUAUAUAACCGGUUAGAUCAUUAGCUUGUCAAUAGUAGUAAGUUAGAGUGUUAUGUAAAUAAUAAUUUAGUUAUGGGACUUGUUUUACGCAAGGAGACAUACUGGUCCUACAUGUGUGAAUCUAUCUGAUUAAUUUGUUUGUUUUA